AUUGCAGCAGUCGUUUCUUGGCACACGAUCGGCGGCCAACGAGCAAUGCAGACGUUGGGACCGCUAUUCUAGUCACAAAGAACACGAGAAUUCUCAACACAAUGGACUUCGAGAGUGUAUUGGAGAAAUGUGGCAGCUUUGGGCGCUACCAGUUCGUAUUGCUGGCUCUCUAUGGCUAUACGAAUAUACUGUCGUCGUUUCAUUAUUUUUCGCAGACGAUCAUAAGCUUCACGCCGCCGCAUACAUGCAUGCCUGCAGUUCCGCAUGAUGUUUACGCUUAUCAAAAUAACUCAUCCUCUGGUCGCUGUAACUACAUUCAGUGGGAUCCGGUGCUCUUAAUGAAUGAGGAAUUCAAAUGCGAGUCAUGGCAAUUUGAGCGCGAGAGUGGCUAUGAAAGCAUUACGACUGAGCUUGAAUGGGUUUGCGAUGAUGCCUAUAAAUUGGCCGUGGGUCAAUCCUUUUUCUUCGUGGGCUCCGUUCUGGGCACCAUAUUCUUUGGCUAUCUGGCGGAUCGCAUUGGUCGACUCAAGGCCUGCAUGCUGACCACAUUGACGGGAGCUUUUGGCGAUUUCAUCACCUCAUUUGUGCACUCGCUGCCAUUUUUCUCGGCUGGCCGUUUCAUAGCUGGUCUAUCGACAGAUACUCAGUACAUUCUCAUGUACAUAUUGGUAUUUGAGUACCUCAGUCCCAAACGCCGCACUCUGGGCCUUAACAUUGUGUUGGCCGUUUUCUAUUGUGUGGGUCUGAUGGUCUCGCCGUGGCUGGCCAUUUGGGUGGGCAGCUGGCGCAAUUAUUUGUGGGCUGCCUCAUUGCCGGCGUUAGGCGUACUCUGCUAUCCGUGCCUGCUCUUCGAGAGCGCCGAGUGGCUGCUGACCAAGCGACAAUAUGAGCGGGCUGCGCAGUGUCUGCGUCGUAUUGCCAAAUUCAAUGGACGCCAAGUGGAGGAAAAUGUAUUUGAUGAUUUCAUUACGUAUUAUAGCAAGAAGAUGAACGAGCAGCAGAAAACCACAUCUGAUACAUUCAUGGGCAUGCUGAGGACGCCACGAUUGCGUAAAUUUACCAUCAUACUGUUCAUCAAGUCUAUGAUCAUCACGGUGGCCUUUGACAUACUCAGUCGCAAUAUGGAGGGCCUGGGCACCUCACCCUUCAAGCUCUUCUCAUUCACUAGCAUUACGUACCUACCCGCCGGCCUGACCAUAAUCCUAUUCCAGAACUUCAUCGGUCGCAAGGGCAUGGCCUGUGCCUCCCUCUUUGUAGGUGCAGUGAUUACCGCCUUAACUGGCUUUCUGGUAGCCAGUUUUGAUCCGUCGGAGCACUCGCUUCUUUUGGCCUUAAUGGUGGGCCUGGGCAGAUAUGGUGGUGUUGUCGCCUACGAUGCGGAGGCUCAAUAUGCCGCCGAAAUUAUACCCACUAGUGUACGAGGGCGUGGCAUGUCUAAUAUACAUGUAGUGGGCUAUGCAUUUGGCUUCUUCAGUUCAUAUAUCAUAUUCCUGGGAACCUUUUAUAAGCCGCUGCCGUCGAUUUUCAUUAGUCUGCUGAUGUUCAUUGGCGCCGGCUUGUGUCUGGCUCUACCGGAAACAGUGAAAAAGAAACUGCCCCAAACACUGGCAGAUGGCGAGAAUUUUGGUAAAGGCGAAAACUGGUAUUACUUCCCCUGCUUUGGCCAAAGGAGGAAACCGACCGAGGAGACGGUAGUGUCUGUCGCGUCCAUAGAAAAAACUUGUAAAACAUAUAUAAAAGAAAAUCUCUGAAAAUAAAGUUCUUUAAUUUAUAGU